UAGAAUGUGGAUGACUAGUCAAGUUUUCACCAUUAGUCAGCAUUAAUAAUAAGAGUCUGGGGAACCAUAACGUGACUGAUAAUAAUACUUCUUGAAGUUCAUAUAUCAGUAGUCCACUCUAGCAAUAGCUUCAAAAGCUUCCACACCAAAGAUCGAAACAGUCCGAGUCGAAACCAUGAAGCUGAACGCCGCGAGCUUGCUGUUCGUCCUAUGCGCCUUGUGCGCCAUCGAAAAAACUCGUAGUGCGAAAAUUUUAGCGUUGGUCCCGUUUCCAUCCUUCAGUCAUCAGGUCCCGUUUAGAAAGUUAAUAUUAGGACUGCAAAAACGCGGCCACGAAGUCGUGUACGCUACGACCCAUCCCAUUCCCAACGUCAACUUAAAGAACUUCACUCAAAUCGACUUAAGCCGUACCCCUGCUAAAUUUAACACCCUCAACUUCAUGCAGUUCCGAUUCGACGGAGUGACUUGGAUAGAAGUAUUGGAAAAACAAGUAUUUAGUGCAUGUGAAAGCUCCAUGGAAAAUUUGUUCAACAACCCGGAAAUGAAACGACUAUACGCAGCUGAUAGCGACGCUAAGUUCGACGUGGUUCUAGCGGAGUUUUCUUAUAUACCGUCCAUAUAUUCGAUGGCUCACAGAUUCGACGCUCCGCUAAUAGGUUUAAGUUCGUUGGGGCUUUUGAACAUGUACGAGUACGCCCUUGGCGGAUUCGUACUGCCUUCGAACGAGUACUCUGCGGAAAUGGGAGCGAGGCCAGGUUCGAAUUUACCAUUUUGGCAGAGGGUGCGGAAUUACAUUGUGAUGUGGCGAACACUGUACAAAAUAUUUAAUGAGUGGGUUCCACGUCAUCAAAAAAUGGCCGAGCAUUACCUUGGGACGAAAUUGCCUCCGCUUAUUGACAUUGUGAAGAAUACUAGCCUCGUGUUUGUCAACGAGCCGGAGCCUUUCACGCCGGCACGCCCUAAACUACCGAAUAUGAUCUCCUUCACGUCUCUCCACGUUGAUGAAAAUCCACCACCUGCACCAAAAGACCUGCAACGUUUCAUGGACGAGGCCAAACAAGGAUUCAUCUACAUGAGCCUCGGCGGCAACGCCAGAAGCGCGGACAUACCAAUGGAUGUUCAACAGAUCUUUUUUGACGUAUUCUCAAAAUUACCCUACAGAGUCGUUUGGAAAUACGAAGAAGACUUUCCGGUAAAACUAGACAACGUGUACGCCGCAAAGUGGUUACCUCAGCAGAGUAUUCUUGCUCAUCCCAACAUCAAGCUGUUCAUGUACCAGGGCGGAUUGCAAAGUACGGAAGAGGCUAUUAGUAAUACUGUUCCGGUCAUGGGCUUUCCUGUGUUAUCUGAUCAAGAUUAUAUAACAUCCAGAGUGAAUGCUUUAGGAAUUGGGAAGUGGCUGACAAUCACCACUCUCACGAGGGAACAGUUAGAUAAUACUAUUAGAGAAGUUAUAACCAACAAGGAGUACAAGCAGAGAAUAACGCAUCUUAAAGACCUGAUUAGAGACACUGCGUACAACGAAGUGGACCGUCUCGUUUGGUGGACAGAGUACGUGAUCCGUCACAAGGGUGCACCUCAUCUUCGUUCAACUUUAGUUAAUCAACCAUGGUACCAACGUUACGACAUAGAUGUCGUUAUGUUCUUAGCAAUCGUCGCGUUCGUGAUCGUAUCGACGUUGGUGUAUAUAAUCGCCAGGAUAAUCGUGCGCGUUCACAGACAACUGUUGAGCCCUACGACACAAAAGAAAAAGAUAAAUUAA